AUGAUGGACGACGUCGAGGCGAUCUUGAAUUCGAUGGCGGCCAAGACGGGCAACGUGUCUGCCAUAAGCGUCGACGAGCCGACCCUUGCACGCUCGAAACCUGCGCCCAAGAAGCGGAUGAGCGCGGUUGUUGACGGCGGCGACCACGCCACCACCGCGAUUUGGAACGAGCACGUCCAGGUCGACGUGCGCCACGUGGCAUCGUCCGAGCACAACAUGCGGCCGUGCAACCUCCAAAGCGUAUCGCCUGCAUACGAACUCCAUCGCCAAAAGUGCGUCCUCAAACUCAAAGCCAAGCUGCACGCGACCGUCGACCAACUCGGUCUCCCCAAGCUGCCCAACUCGGCGUACGAAACGUGGCAAUUUUGCUCCAAGUUGGCCGCGCCAGAUGGAGACCCACUGAUCCCACAUGCCGACAGCGACUACGCCGGUCUUCGAGACGAGCUUGUCGCGAUCGGCGCGAAUCGCCACGCUGCCAACAAAAUAUGCCGCGCCAUGACUCAGGAAGCCCAUCGAGUUGGUCAAAGCCUCUUGCGCAUGACGCAUGGAGGUGGAAAGAAGCGCGCAACGAUCCGACCGAACGACGACCAUUACCUCGUCAGCUACGGCGGCACGAGCCUGCGCAUCAACAAAACUCACCUGGACAAACUCGAAACUUUAUUUGGCCGACACCAUGCCCAAGCCGGCGCAACAUCGGCGUCGCAGUUCCCAGACUUUUUGUUCUGCCUCCUACUGCGCUACGAGUCGCUGGACGGCGGCGGGUUCCAGGCGGCGCUGAACGAAGAAUGUUUUGACGUGCUCCUGCGCCACUUCAAAUGCAACAUGGAGUGCUUUGCGUCGCCGUUCAACAGCCGCUACGGGCGCUUCUGCAGUGCCUUCCUCGACACGGACCGCGUCUUUGGGAGCUUUGGUAGUUUCUUUGACUUUCGCCCGACGUUUGGCUGCUUUGAAGCGAACCCGCCAUUCGUGCCGGCCUUGAUUGCCAAGAUGGCGGCGCACAUGACGACAUGCCUUCAAAACACAUCCAAGUCGCUGUGCUUCAUCGUGAUCAUCCCAGCGUGGGAGCACACCGAGGGAUGGCAGCUCUUGAAGCACAGCUCGUACAACAAGGAAUACUUGGUGCUGUCCCAAAAACACCACGGGUACUGCGAAGGCAAGCAGCAGAUGCGCCCGACUAGAUACCGCAUCGCGUCGUUCGAUACGAGUGUGUUUUUCUGGCAAAACGCCAAAGCGGCGGCGCGAUGGCCGGUGACAGAACGAGCGAUCGAAGAUCUCCGACGUGCUUUCAAGUCGAAACAGGCCGACGAGCGCGACGAACUCGGGCUCAAACACGGUGGCAAAAAGGUCAAGCGGGUCAAGCAGACAGAGUAGAAGCGAUAACACGUUCUACGUCAUGACUGAUACCCCACAACGCAUCCGGCGCAUGCUGGCGGGAUGGACUUGCAACGUCGCGACUUGCCGAUUUCAAUCGCUACACACGACGGGAUGCAUGGAGGGUGUACACUACGUAGUAUCGAUAGCGCGGUCCUUCCGGAAGGGUUCUCGAUGUGAGGCAAGCGCGACGUCGACCGGCCGCAGUGAACCGAGCAGAGUUUUGAGAGGCCUCU